CGCAGUCACACUGUGGUGUAGAGAAAUUUCGUGAGCGCAGCAACAACAGCAGAAACUAUAAAAAUUAUCGCAUUUUUCGCAUAGGCAAUGGUGUCUAGAGCUGCGGGCGUGUGAGUGUGAGCGCCGGAACAACGACAACGAACCAGAAGGUUGACAAAAACGCUACAGAAUGUGGAGCAAAGCUUCAGAAAAUCGUGCCAUCAUCCAAUCUCAGUGAGUGCGCGUCUGAAAAAAUCAAUCGGCGAGUUUUGUUGCAGGGCGGCCGUAGGACAACAACAAAAUGAGCAGCGCCGCCCAGCUGACGACGUCGGGAGUCAGCAACAACAAUGCCACUGACUCCAGCUCGAAUGCCAAUGCCAACGAGUCCGGGUCCAGCGACAGCAACCUAAUCAUUAUUCAGGACAUGAUUGAUCUCUCGGCCAACCAUUUGGAGGGUCUGCGCACCCAGUGCGCCACCAGUUCGAUGCUGACGCAACAGGAGAUACGCUGCCUGGAGUCCAAGCUGGUGCGCUACUUCUCCGAGCUGCUGCUGACCAAGAUACGGCUCAACGAACGCAUCCCGGCCAACGGGCUCCUGCCCCAUGCCACGGGCAACGAGCUGAAGCAAUGGCUGCGCGUGGUUGGCCUCAGCCAGGAGUCGCUGAGUGUGUGUCUGACCAGGCUGACGACCCUGGAGCAGACGCUGCAGCUCAGCGAUGAGGAGCUCAAGCAUAUGCUGGCCGAGAACCCCAACCAGCGGGAGGAGGAGCUGCGUCGCCUGACCAGGGCCAUGCAGAAUCUCCGCAAGUGCAUGGACACGCUGGAGGCCAAUACGGCCAGCAACAAUGACCCGGAGCAAUGGCACUGGGACUCCUGGGACCGACCCAUACACGUCCAUAGGGGUAGUGUGGGGAAUAUUGGCUUGGGCCUGGGCCUGAACACCGCCUCCCCGCGGGCCCAUCACCGACAGCAUGGCCCUAAGGGGAAGAGUGGCGGCAACGCCCCCUCCAACUCGCGCAGUGGCCGCCAAUCGCCCACAUCGAUGGCAGCGACGGCAACGGAGGAUAUGACUGGCAGCACGCAGGGUUCCCAAAUGACUCUAACGCUGACGCCGUCGCCGCCCAACUCUCCCUUCACACCCUCCAGUGGGACGGCAGUGAGCAGCAGUCUGAAUGGCACACCGCAGAGGAGUCGCGGCAGUGGCACCCCACCGCCAGCCAGGAAGCACAAGACGACGCUGUUCAAUCAGGCGGCGGGGGAUGGCGAGCCGCCGGCGCCUCCGCGCAACCGACUGCCCACAGACCCCAGUCCGGAUAGCCACAGUUCGGCCAGUUCGGAAAUAUUUGGCGAGAACAGCAAUAGCAAUCCAUUGGCUUCCAUUGGGAACUCAUCGAAUGUCCUGCUGGUGCCCAGCUCCCCCAGCGUGGGCCCCGUCGGGAUGGGACACACCAUUAAGCAUCGGUUUACGAAAGUGCUUGGGUUCAUGGCCACCUGCACACUGUGCCAAAAACAGGUCUUCUCCAGGUGUCUCAAGUGCACCUACUGCAAGUUCAUUUGCCACAAAAGCUGUGCCCCCCACGUGCCACCCUCGUGCGGCCUGCCACCCGAAUAUGUGGAAGAGUUUCGUCACAUCAAGGAGCAGCAGGGCGGCUACUCCACCCUGCCGCAUAUGCAUGGCUCGAGCAAGGGAUCGCCCCUGGUGAAGAAGAGCACCCUGCACAAGCCACUGCAGCAGCAUCAUGGCGACAGCAGUUCGCCCAGUUCCAGCUGCACCAACUCCACGCCCAGCAGUCCGGCUCUGUUCAAUCAGCGCGAACGGGAAAGGGAGCAUCAGGACCAGGCUGGCAGCUAUGGCGGCUCUUCGGCCGGAGGCGGCAGCAGUUCCAGUGCCAAUCUCCUGCUUACGCCCUCCCUAACCAAGCACCAUCAGCAGCAGAGUCAAUUCAACUUCCCCAACGUGACCAUCACUAGCAGCAGCGGUGCUGGCAGCGGCGGAAACGGCGGCAGUGCCUCGCACAAUGUGCAAACUCUCAUCUCUAACGAGAAUCUGUCGGAGUACCAGGCGGCUCCCCCUUCGGUGGCAAACAGCAUGAACGGAGGGGGAUUAAUUGACAGCCUGGUGAACAGCUCCAAUGGUCACAUCAGCUCGCUCAUCAACAGCCAAGUGUCGAACGUGUCGAAUGCCUCAAAUGCCACAAGCAGCCUCGUGAACUCCACGACCACAAGCACUACGAGCAGCUUCUUUCCACGCAAACUGAGCACAGCGGGCGUCGACAAGCGGACGCCCUUCACCAGCGAGUACACGGACACCCACAAGUCGAACGACAGCGAUAAGACCGUGUCGCUGACGGGCAGUGCCAGCACAGACUCGGAUCGGACACCUGUGCGCCUGGACUCCACGGAGGAUGGGGACUCGGGCCAGUGGCGACAGAACUCCAUUUCACUCAAGGAGUGGGACAUACCCUAUGGCGAUCUGCGGCUGUUGGAGCGAAUUGGACAGGGACGCUUUGGCACCGUGCAUCGAGCACUGUGGCACGGCGAUGUGGCGGUGAAGCUGCUCAACGAGGACUACCUGCAGGACGAGCAUAUGCUGGAGACGUUUCGCAACGAGGUGGCCAACUUCAAGAAGACGCGACACGAGAAUCUGGUGCUCUUCAUGGGCGCCUGCAUGAAUCCGCCGUACCUGGCCAUUGUCACAUCGCUGUGCAAGGGCAACACCCUCUUCACGUACAUCCAUCAGCGGCGUGAGAAGUUCGCCAUGAAUCGGACGCUGGUGAUUGCCCAGCAAAUCGCUCAGGGCAUGGGCUAUCUGCACGCACGGGACAUCAUACACAAGGAUCUGCGCACCAAGAACAUAUUCAUUGAGAACGGCAAGGUGAUCAUCACGGACUUUGGCCUGUUCAGCUCCACCAAACUGCUGUACUGUGAUAUAGGCUUAGGAGUACCCCACAACUGGUUGUGCUACUUGGCCCCGGAGCUGAUACGCGCCCUCAUGCCCGAGAAGCCCAAGGGCGAGUGCCUGCAGUUCACCUACUACUCGGACGUGUACUCGUUCGGCACCGUCUGGUAUGAGCUGAUUUGCGGCGAGUUUACGUUCAAGGACCAGCCGGCCGAAUCGAUUAUCUGGCAGGUGGGACGCGGCAUGAAGCAGUCGCUGGCCAAUCUCCAGUCCGGCCGCGAGGUCAAGGAUCUCCUAAUGCUGUGCUGGGCCUACGAGAAGGAGCAACGGCCCCGGUUUGCCCAACUCCUGUACAAGCUGGAGCAAUUGCCGAAGAAGCGACUGGCAAGGAGUCCCUCGCAUCCCGUCAAUCUUUCCCGCUCCGCGGAGUCUGUCUUCUGAGGUGCACCAACAACAGCUGCUUGGGCUCUAUUAACUAUUAACUAUUACAAAUUGCAACUACUACGAGUAUCUAGUACAAUGUUCAAUGUAAGCUGAUGCUGCUGCUGCUGCUGCUGUAUAAAACCAAUGUCAAAUGUCUGUCUCGCCCACUCCUUUGCGUGAAUGUAUCCUCCUCUAUACAAGGACUCCUCCACUCUUAAACAAGUU